AUACCCAGCCGGGGAGACAAGGGAGAGCGAAUGAAACCGCAGGCACUAGGUACCACAUCGGCAGCACAGGCACUUCCGGUGCAGACCCAAAUCGUCACAGCUGGGACGGAAGUGAGUGGUCCACUUCCUUCCAUAGUCCCUCCCCCAGAGCCUGCGAGACUACACUCCCCAGAUGCCUUGCGCGGGGGCGGAGGCGGCAGGGAUGCUAUGGCGGAGUCGCUGCCCCUGGAGAUACUCACAUAUAUUCUGAGCUUCCUGCCUCUGUCAGAUCAGAAAGAGGCCUCCCUCGUGAAUCGGGCUUGGUACUAUGCAGCCCAGAAUGCCCUUCGGGAGACAAACGUGCGGUACAACAUCCCCGUGUCCUCGGCCUCCCUCCCAGCCAUCGAGAGCCUGGGCCUCAGGGGCAUUUCCUGCAUCGGCCUGACCAACCUGGAUGGCUCACCAGCCUCACAACAGGUGCUGCAGUCUGUUGCCCACCACCUGGGCCCGCACCUGCAGAGCUUGUGCCUCAGUGGGGGCAGCCCCACAGAGGCCUCCUUUGUGACCCUGAUCCUGAGCUGCCCAGCUCUGCGUAGCCUUGACCUCAGUGGCUGCAACAGCCUCUUUGCAUCAGGCAUGCUGCUAGCUCAGCCUGAAAUGGCACAGCGGGUCCACCAGGCACUGAGCAAUCUCCGUGAGCUCAACCUGGCCGGCCUGCGAGACCUGGCGGAUCUCAGUUUCAAUCGGCUCAGCAGUUGUGCCCCCGGCCUGGAGCGCCUCUCCUUGGCCUAUUGUCACCUCACCUUCGAGGUAGGCCCAGCCCGGGGAUCCAUUGGCCCCCAGGACUCCUCCCCCUCCCAACUCUCCUUCUGCAACCUGCUUCGAUUCUUGAAGGAGCGGGCUGGUAGGCUGUACGCCCUGGACCUGAGUGGCACUGGCUUGCCACCCGAGGCCCUGCAGGCCCUGGGCCAGGUGGCCGGGCUACGGCUUCAGGAGCUGAGCCUGCAUAGCUGCCGGGACCUCUCCACAGAGGCCGUGGCUGCCCUUUGCCGCCUACAGCCGGGCCUUACCUCCCUGGACCUCAGCGGCUGCUCAGAACUGGCUGACGGGGCGCUCUUGGCUGUGAGCCGGGGUCUGCGGCACCUGCAGCGCCUGAGGCUGAGGAAGCUGCAGCGGCUGACAGAUGCGGGAUGUACAGCCCUGGGGGGCCUGCACGAGCUACAGAGCCUCGACAUGGCCGAGUGCUGUCUGGUGAGCGGGCGGGAACUGGCCCAGGCCCUGGGCUCGGUGCGCGGAGCUCCACCCCCACUGGCCUCCCUCAGCCUGGCCUACUGCUCCUCACUCAAGGACACCUCAGUGUUCUCCCUGACCCGAGCGCUGGGCCCAAGUCUCAGGGUGCUAGACUUAUCCUCUUGUGUGGCCCUCACCAACCGGACCCUGCAGGCCAUCUGCACCUACCUCACUCCCCUCUCGGUCCUGCGCCUGGCCUGGUGCAAGGAGCUCCGUGACUGGGGGCUUCUGGGACUGGGGGAACCAAGUGAGGAGCCAGCACAGGGAUCCCAGCCACACCCAGAGCUGGAACAUCAGGCCUCAGGCCCCACGGCGGCCCCUUCUCCCCAGCCUCAGGGGCCCUCCCUGCUCAUGCUGCGGGCCCUGCAGGAGUUGGACCUCACAGCCUGCAGCAAGCUGACUGACGCCAGCUUGGCAAAGGUGCUCCGGUUCCCCAGGCUGAGGCACUUGUCACUGAGCCUGUUGCCAGCACUCACAGACGAGGGCUUGGUGGCUGUGGCCAGAGGCUGCCCUAGCCUGGAGCGCUUGGCGCUGAGUCACUGUGGCCUCCUCAGCGAUGAGGGCUGGGCCCAGGCAGCCAGCUCCUGGCCGAGGCUGCAGCACCUCAACCUGUCCAGCUGCAGUCAGCUCACAGAGCAGACGCUGGAUUCCAUUGGGCAGGCAUGCAAGCAGAUCCAGAUGUUAGAUGUCGCCAUGUGCCCUGGUAUUAGCAUGGCUGCCGUCAGGCGAUUCCAAGCCCAACUGCCCCAGGUGACCUGCAUCCAGUCACGCUUCGUAGGAGGGGCUGACCUGACCCUAACACUCUGAGACCAGGUGGGUAAGCAGCCCCUGUUGCUCAGCCUCCACAGUCCCUAGCCCUGGCUUUUGGACCUGGGGUUUGACUCCUGUUUCCCUCUGCUAUGUGCAAGAGCCCCUUCCCCCAGCUGUAAAUACCUUUGCUAGGCCUGGAGGUGGGACUAAUCCAAGGAAGCCCAGGGUGCUUCCUACCCCGGUCUACCCCACAGCCCGGCGAGGGCUUCUUUCCAGCUCCGUGUGGCUGCCACAGGCACCUGCAAGUGCCCGUUCCCGCUCUGCUGGCCAAGCCCGGGUCCGGAAGCACCAGGCCUGUAGGUGGCAGGGGCCGGUGCUGGGGAGGAGCAGACCACCUGCCCUUUGCCCUGCCCACUUCUCCCACCUAAAGCCUGUGCCCCACCUUGCUCCCUACAGGAGCUCCUCUAGUCCCGCACCAGCACUGAACUUUAGCAGCCAAGCCAGCCUUUGUUGUAAACCCAAACGAGAUUAAAAAUUCCAGAUUUUACCUCCUUA